AUGGCCGUCCAGAGCAGCCUCAUCGAGAUUGACCUGCACCGUCUGGACGUGGUGAGCCGAGAAUCGUUUGAAUGGUCCAUCACGACACUAUCAUCGAUACACCCAGACAGGCCGCUGGCGGUGGGCACGUCUCUGGGAGUGCAUCUCCACGACUUCCGCACACGAAUCCGAGGCUUCCGCGACGCACCGGAGCGAGUAGACAGCGGCGACUGGGAGGAUACGGACGUCUUCAAGGCCAUAUUCGACCCAAACCCGCUGCCGCCGUACGCAUCUCUCUCGCAGCCGACGCCGACGAGCAUCCUGUACCUUCCGGUGCGGGACGACGACGUGCAGGUGUCGGACGACAUCUACGUCUCCGGGCGCUUCUCCAACAUCCUCCACUACGACCGGCGCAAGUUCCCGGCGAUUGUCAACUCGAUCCAUUCGGGGGCGACGGUCAACAGCCUGGCGGCGCUGCCGUACCCCUUCUACCCGGCCAACCACCCGGCCAGGAGAAGCGCAGGGCUGGGGGCCGACGUCCUGGCGGAGAUGAAGGCCCAGGGCGGCAGCACGCUGAUGGCGGGCGGGGGCUAUAACCAAAAGGGAAGCCUAGAGCUCUACGGGGUGGGGCCGCGACCGGUGGUGGGCAGCCUGGACCGGACGGCGGAUCUCUGCACCAGGAACCGGUUCACGGCGGCGCCGGCGCCCAUCAUGUAUGUGACGAACCACGGGACCAAGAUUGUGAUAUCGGACGGAUCGGGCCACAUCAAGUGGUUCGAGAGGGAUGGGCUCACCGAGUGCAGGCGGAUACGUGUGGGGCACAGCAAGCUAGACGACGGGGCAGGCAACCUGGUCAAGAAGCCGGGGGCGCACCUGGACGACGUGGCGCGCAAGGUGGUGUCGACGCGGACUCACAAGCACGGGCGUGCACGACCAAACAACGACAACGUCCUCUUCUGGACGGGCGAGAGGCUGGGAUUGGUCAGCUUCACGUCUGCGCCCCUGUUUGAGGAGGAGAAUUUCGUGGCCGGGCGGGAGGGGGAUAUGCCAGCCGAGGAAGAAGCUCGACGGGAGUACUCGGAGCAGAUGCACGAGGCGCUGAUGAGGCAAGCGAACGAGGCGAGAUUCCUGAGCGGCCUCGGGAUGGGGACUCGGAGCUCAUUUGGACUGUAG